UGGUCGCUGCUCUCGUGCUGUGGGUGUUGAUAGGUUGUUUGUAGGCGCGAGCUCAAUAGUUAAGCGCACGCUCCGCCAGUAUAUCAGUUUACCAACCUGUUCCAGGUUUAUUAAUAAACCCGCUUUAAUGUACACUUUGAAAUGUUAUGAGACGCGUUUAUUUUGAAGCAUAAGUGAGUGCUGAUGGACGGACCGUCCGUCCUUCAGAUGAGGAUGCUGGAAUGAGUCAAGAAAAUCGCAAACAUCACGAUGGAGUCUCACUUCAGUAGAGCAUCACUGUUAUCCCGCUGCUUUAGCGCGUUGAAACUCCGUGCUGUGCGGUAAUGGAGAUUUAUAAUCGCAUUUCACACCCGUUAACGUAGCAUGCAAACGCUGCACUUCUUGGUCCUAUAUAGGAAUGUAUGAAUAUCUGUUUUCGGACUGUUUAUAAACAAGUUCAUCUGGUCGUGUUGGUAGUAAACAGUUUUCAUGGACAGGUUGGAAUAAUCGCGCCGGUCAAGAGGAAGCUUCUCAUUUCUCUGGAUUGUUUCAGUAGCAUAGUUUCUUAACACGAGCAUAACUUAAUGUUUCAGAGUAUAAUAUAUGUUGAAAUUUAUAGAUCACGUAUAUUGAGUACUCCAGUCUACAUCAGUGUUAAAAAGAGUUUAAAGUUGAACUCUUAAGGUCUUAAGCUCUUGACAUUGACCUCAUGGAUAAACACGAAUGAUCUUCAUUAAACAGAUCUCUUUUUCUUGGGUUCAUCCAUGACUCUACUGUUUUCUGAUGGAACAGAAGGUCCUCAGCAAGCCCUCCAUGGUGUCCAGACUGCCUAAAUUUGGUUCCCGUCCUGCCAAUGGCAUCCCCUCCUCCCUUCCCAAUGGUACGACUCAGACUGUGGAGGCCACCCAGGAGGGCAAGAGUACUCCUCCUUCCAAGCCAAAUGGAGUGGUCAGAGCCUCCUCCUUUUCCAUGAAAUGGAAGAAGGUGAAUGGUGGGCCAAAGGACCCUUUAAGCCCAGUUGAGGGCACUCCUCCCGAAGAAAAGAAGGAAGUUUGCUCCCCUCAUUCUCCAGGGAAUAGGGAAUUAAAAAGCCCUUCCACUCCCUCAACCAAAGUGCAGAGGGCUGCCUCCUCUUUAUCCACUGGAAGCCCUAAACCCAUGCCCAAAUCCCCAAAGUCCAUCUCUAGUCUCAAAGCAAAGCCCAAAAACUCUCAGAUCAUGACAAGCACCAACGACACAUCUCAAAAAAACUUUGGCUCUAAACCAUCUCAAAACAGUACGUCGCCUGUGGGGUCAUCAACUGGUCGGACAGUCUCUUCAGUGAUCCAGCGACCAAGAGCAAACUCUGGCUCUACUCGAAGCAGCUCCAAAGAUAGCCUGUCCCAGUCCAGCGACAGCCUCUUAAGACAACCCCUCGAACUCGACCCUGUGGUGCGUUCUCAGAGCUUCACCCAUUUCAAACAACUGCCCUCGCCAACCAACACACCCAUGACACGGUCCUUCUCUUUCAACAAGGCUGUUGAGCUAGCCAAACCGCUAGCAAAUACACAGCUACGCCCACCACGGAAACUUGAACUUAAAUCGCCCCAGAGCAAGGGACGGCUUCUGCUAGGGUUAGGGGUAUUGGGGUUUGGAAAGGGGCUAUUAGACCAACUCCCUGCUGAAAGUCCUCCCUCAGAGGGCUUAACACCCCCUAAUAGCAUUAAAAGGCCUCUUCUACCUAACUCUUUGUUGACAAAGCCCUCGGUACUGUUAUAUAGGCUAAAUCGACCAAUUGCUGCCAAACCACAGUGCCCUCUAGUGGUUGGGAAGACUCCUGUAGAGAGUGAUGUUUUAACCCCCCCUCUCACUCCAGAGCUGCCCCACUGUGCCACGAAGAGCGCAUCGGCUCCCACAGAAUUCCCAGAGGGGCCUUUCACAGAGCAGGGGCUGGAUGGAAACCUCUGUUAUGCUGCAGAGGGACCGGAGGACAUGUCUCUCUCCUCCGCAUCAUCGCUGGAGAAGAAUGACCCCAGUGAGGAGUUCCUUGAUGACUUCAUCAAUCUAGGGGACCAAUCACAAAACGCCAUCCCACAUAACAAAAAUCCUGGGGCCACAUCCAUGCAGACACACCUUCAGAGCUACUUAAGUGAGACCAUGAACUGGGCUGGGAUUGGUCUGGCAGGUGGUAAGGCAGAUUUGAGGUGUGGACCACCCUGUGUGCCACCACUCAUGUCGCCAGAUGUGGAUCAUCAUGCGGCCUCCUCUCUGGAGCUCUCACCUUCUAAUAGCUCAGGAGGAACAUACAUGUGGGAUGAGGAGGGCAUGGAACCACUGGGGCACAACACACACAUACACCGCUGCAGCAGCUAUGAGACAGACCUCAACAGCAUGGACAUUCUGAGCAACUUGGAUAACACUGCAUCAUGUGACCUGGAAGAUGAUGACCUCAUUCUUGAUGUGGAUCUGCCAGAGGAUGGAGCCUUACACAGUGAUGGAAUGGCCCACUUUGAGCGCUCUGAGAGGGGGGGCCGGCCGGCUCAGUGGAGAAGGAGACAGCAGAGAUGGAGUGGAGCUGAUCAUGCUCACAAUGACAACAGGCUGCUUGGGUUGCAUUACGAUGGGUGCCGUACAGGCCAUCAGCCUCUCCAUCAUGCAGUUCAGCAUGACAGUCACACGGUGGCGCUAGAUGAGCUCACUCUCAAGCACAUGGCUGAAGACUGCUCCUCUGUCAAAUCACAGCUGCUCAAACUCAAGAGUCUACUGCAGAUGGAUGAUGGUGAGAUUACGCCAGAGAAUGUGGAGGCCAGCGAAGAUGACAGCAGAGCCCAGCAGAUGGAGGAGCUGAUGAAGGAGGUAGCCCGCCUCAGGGAAGAGCUGAAAAAUAAAGAUAAAAUCAUCACUCGGCUCACUCAUCAACAACAUCGACAAGAAUCUCUGGUGAGAUGUUAUUGUCAACAGCAGAAGUCUGGGGUCAAAAGUGAGAGAAGAACACAUGAUAAAUCCACUCAGACAGUGUUGCGGCCACCCCAUCAUCACCACGCUCCUCAAAUACUUCAGCCCAUCAGUCACAUCCCCAACGAGACCCUCAUCCAGGGAAGACUAGCAAGAACAGUCCCCACCGGGUGCCCUAGUGAUGCCUGCACUGUAGUGGAGAGGUCUUCUGUGUCCUGUCCUUCCGCUCCCUGUAGUGGUACAGUUUCUCUUGCUCUGAAUGAUACUGGAGAACCUCACAUGGAGUCAAGAUCUCUGCCUGACCCAGAGGAGCUGAGCCAGUUGCUUAACACCCACUUUCGCAUCCAAGACAACCACGAGAGUGACUCACAGAGCACUGGAGAACAGACUGUGAGACCAACCCCCGACGACCACCCAAAAAAACUGCAAACCCCUCACUCCCUGUCCUUCUUCAGCCCUCUUGUCCUGCAGCCUCCCCGUCUACACAAACGGGUAACUCUCCCUGCUCUGCCUCUAGGGGGCAGUAGUGGGGUAAACCCAAAGCCUGGACCCACAAUGAACCACAAGGUCAAUCUGCUUCCUCCUCCAUCCAGAGGUUUACCAUGCUUCAGUACCAGAAACCAUGCCAGUUCUCUGGGUUUCCUGUCUUAGCCCUGGCCUACAGUGGUCAGUAGAGGUCCUGACCCCAUCGAAGACAUGCCUGACCCAGGACACAAGUCUUCGGUACUGCUUGGAGUCUCCACAAGAAUUGCAAAGCCCAAGAUCCAAUGAGCAUAAGCUGCAGCCAUAGACACAGAUUAGACUUCCUCCCUGAACACAUGCAUGCAUACACUGACUCACAUAGCUUGCACUAAAGAGUGUUUUUUUUAUUGGCAAGACUCGCAGGACAAAGUUAAAUAAAAACUUUUAAGCUUAACAAAGCAGCUAAGCUAUUGCCUCUAACUAUGCAACAAAACCUCUGCGUGUCACAAUCACUGCUUCUGUCGCACAAAACUGCUUUUUCACUCCUAGGUCAUCUUAUAUCAUUCCAUAACCACUGAAUAUCCUUUUUGGUGAAUUAUUCCUUUAACACAAUACAUGAAAGAGAGAAGACGGCAAAUGAAAAAAGGAAUGUUGAAAAUUAGCAAUGGAAAGCAGUAGAGAAGUCUCAUUUUACAGGAUAUUUGUCAAGGUCAUAACUGACGUGAGAGCAGUGCCAAAGACUGCCCGUGGAGCACGUUUUAGGCUCUCUCAGUGUCUUGAUAUUUCCACACGUGGCAUGCCCCGUGGACACCUGCGGAGAUUCGGCUCACACAUUUAGUGGGUGUAUGACAUUUACAUCACCAGUCUCCUGGGGUUUAACUGAGAAAACACAUAUUAUUGUCUGUUCGUCAUCCUAGAGGUCUGCUGAAAAAUCGAAAGCUUUUUCAGGGUUUUGGCAGGAGGAUGUACACACUGUCAGUGCUUCCUUGAUUUUCAGCUUGGCAUCAGUCGUGAUCAGCAGAUUUUCAUUUUAAUUAGGCUUGUGCCACCUGUAUUAAUAAGGUUAUUUUUCUUGAUUAUGGAUCAUAGCAUGCUUGAAGCUGAAACUUGCAUUUGUUUCUCUCCAGAAGUCGCAUUAGAAUUAUAAGGCUUUUUGAUUAUUAAUACAUUAUAAAUAUGUUUACAGUUAAAAUGCCUUUGUUAAGCUACUCCCUUUGCAGCAGUGCUGCAGGAUGAAUUUAAGAAGCUUUUCUGGCCUUCUCUUUGGUGUAGAGUUAAAGAAUAGUUCAUCUAAAAAUUAACAUUUUCUCCCCAUUUACUCACCCUCAUGCCAUGCCAGAUGUAUAUGACUUUCUUUUUUACUGCUGAAUGCAAACAACGAUUUUUAGAAGAAUAUCUAUGUAGUUUCAUUCAAUGCAGGUCAACAGGGUCCAAAACCUUGAAGCUCAUAAAGCAUAUAUAGGCAGCAUAAAAGUUAUCUAUAACACUCCAGUGGUUGAAUCCAUAUCUUCAGAAGCGAUGGGUGUGGGUGAAAACAGAUCAAUAUUUAAGUACUUUUUUAUUACAAAUCUUCCUCCCUGCCCAAUUGGUGGCGAUAUGCAUGAAGAAUGUGAAUCGCCAAAAACAAAACAAGAACUCUUGUGAGAGAAGAAUGUUUAGGAGGGCUGUUAGAAAGUAAAGAUAUAGAAGACUGAUAGGAAAAGAACUUAAAUAUUGAUCUGUCUCUCACCCACACCUAUCAGGUCACUUCUGUAGACAUAUUUAACCACUGCAGUCGUAUGGAUAACUUUUAUGCUGCCUUUAUAUGCUUUAUGAGCUUCAAAGUUUUGGACCCUGUUGACUUGCAUUGUAUGGACCUAAAGAGCUGAGAUAUUCUUCUAAAAAUCUUUGUUUGUGUCCAGCAGAAGAAAGUCACACAUCUGGGAGAGCAUGAGGGUGAGAAAAUGCUGAAAGAAUUUUAAAGAUACUGUUGCAAAGACAACAGUCGAAAAUAUCAAGAGCUAAUAUAUGAUAUUUUUGCAUAAUUUUCAGUUCAACCUCAGAGAUCAAACUGUUGGCAUUUGUUUCUGGCUUUGUAAGCAAUGAUGAAAAAUGUUGCAGCUGUUGUAUUCAUUGAUGUUGAUGGUAAGAUUUUUGGUGAAUAUUUUAAGUUUGAACUGUACCAAGUUUAAAUUGGUUUGGUGAUUUCUCUGUGGACAUCAGAUUUAUUUAGUUGUUUUUUACAUUCAUGAUGGGGGGGUCAGAUUACAGCUUCAGAACUGUCUAAGUUGUUUCAUUGUUUUAAGUUGAUCUGAGAUUAAGGUUGUUGGUCUUAUCUUGGUUUCUUCAGAGAAAGGUUUUCCAUUCUCAAGAUUUCAUAAAUGUGUCAGAAGUUUCAUACUUGAAACCCGGAUGGUCUUCAGUUUGAGGUUUUCGAGCUUGUGGCAUGCCUUAAUAUAGUGGCAUGUUCUGGAAACAUACACACUGUAAUACACAAAAUUAAUACACAAAGAUCCACAGCAUGGAAACACAUGGACAUCUGUAUCCAUGUUGUAAAUUAUGUUGGAAACAAGAACCCACUGUUGUGUGUGCAGUAUAUGUACUACAGUUAUGGUGUGUAUACUAUGUAUCAAAUAUGUUAUAACUAUGACGCAUUGUUUUCCAGAAUGUAAGGAAUGAAACCUUAUGGACAUUUAAUAUAAAUUGAAAUUGAUUUACUGCCACUUUCCCUCUAUUCAAGGGGCUUUGGGAACUAAAAUACUCUCAUGGACAACACACCCAAAACCGAGAUGGGCAACCAUGUCUAACACCACCUAAAGAAAUCAAUGAAACGCGUGUGUGUGUGUGUGUGUGCGCAUAUGAAGCAGAAAAUCAAUGGAGGGCUUGUUUUGUAAUGCUUUGGAGACAGUUUGUUUGUAUUUCUCUCUCUCUUUCUGUCUCUUGGUUUCUCUGUACAUGUGCAGGAGGAAAGGGGUCCUGAGUAAUGUGGUGUAGUCUUGCUAAUAGAAAGUUGCAGAAGUGCAUUGAUUCCAUCUGCUGCGGUCAGAGGUGAUUUGCUUGUGUCAGUAAGGUGCCUGUUUACAGGUUCACUCAUCGUCUUUUUCCUUUGCCUGUUAAUGAGACACAAAAAUCACUUUAACUGACCUACUGUAAUUAUAUAUUGAGCUGGAGUUAAAAAAAUUUUUUUUUAAAAAAAGCAGCAUAAAGUGUUAUGAGGAAACUGCAUUGUGGCAUUUCUUAAAUAUGUUAUAAUAGUGUAAUAGAUAUGUUAUAGUUGCUUUAUAAAUGUUAGGCUUCAUACAUCUAUUCUGUUUUUGCAAUGAAGACAUUUUCCAUCGAAUUCAAGUGUUACUGCAAAGUUAACCAAACCAUCAAAACAGUCAUUAUUAGAUUUCCAAAUCACAGAAAAAAAUACACUCAUACAAAGACCUCAUACUGUUGUGUAAAAUGCACCUGACUUGCUGCCCAAGUGUGUAUUCCUUCCUGUAGGGUUCUUCUCACAUAGAAAAUUCCCUUAGAGCAUGAAACUUAAAAAUAUCCCUGAAAAAAACCCAUGAAAUUCUUUAAAAAAAAAAAAAUCGCCCAUUUUCCUUCCAUAUAGUGCAUGUCAUACCAUGUUUUUCACCUGUUGUUACUGAGAGUGUGCAGUAUUGUUAAAGCACUACCAUACUCCAUUAGCUUCAUGAAAACAACAGCUGCCAACCUGUGUAUGUGUAGACAGAAAAGAUGUUUACUAACAUCAGGACUGAAUUCAAGCACUUUAAAUGAGCUGUUUUGACCUCCAGACAGGAGAUGACUGGUCUGUUUGAUUUGCUGUCUGUUUGAUUGUUUAAAGUCUUUUAUUUGGCUGUUAAUGUAUUUUAAUGAUCUCUCCCUUUGUGCCCUGUUCCGGUUGAAGGUGUGAGACUUUAAUAAAGUGAAAGAAUGAGA